CCAAGUGUCAAGGGCAGGAAACACAAACAAGCAGAAGCAUUGCAAUAAUUGCAAGUGUUUACUUUUUACAAAACUGUGCCUGAUCUGUUAUUUGAAUAGAAUUUCAUUUAUUGCGUGAUGUGGUGCCAAUGUAGAUUGUACAAUUUUUAAUAUAUUUUUCAAAUUUGAAGAUCAUUAAUCUAAUACAGGCCUAUGUUUAAUGCCUUAUUGAGAAUAAAAAUUGUCAAGAAAGACUAAUUUUAACAAGAUCAGUUCUACAAAUUUCCUUCUUCAGAAAAGCUGAUCAAUAAACUUACUUGGUUAAAACUAGAUUGGAAAUUAUUUUAAAAAAUGGACAUAGAAGAAAUUUUAAAUGAUGUUGUACCAUCGGAUCAGUUGAAGAAAGCUGAAGAAUCAUAUUAUAAAGCAUCGGAGACAGGACAAAUGACAAAGGAAAUUGAAUUCUAUUAUGCAAAUUGUUUAGUAAGAAGUAAAUAUCCAGCUGAUGUACGCAAAGGCCUCUCGAUUUUUGAAGCAAUGUGCAAGAAAUACAGAGAAGAGGAAAAGAGGGACUACAUUUACUUCUUAGCUCUUGGAAAUGCAAGGAUCAAGGAAUAUUCAAAGGCCUUACAUUUUGCUGAAGCUUUUCUCACAGUAGAACCAAAUAAUAAACAAGUUAUGGCAUUGGAAGAGGUUGUCAAGAAAAAGCUUAGACGUGAGGGCUUAGAAGGCGCAGCUGUGGCAGGAGCGGCUGGACUAGCAAUUGGUGGCAUUAUAGGAUUGGGUUAUGCUCUCCUUUCAAAGAAAAAAUCAUCAAAUGAUGACGAAUGCAAAAAGUGAAACUGAAAAAUGAUCCAGUUAUGUUUGCAAGUGUUUAUAUAAUAAUAAAUAAUAGUUUUAUAUAAUAAUAGUUUUUAUAUAAAGUUAGUUUUUAUAAUGCAGUGGUCUCAUACAUCUUACAAACCGUUGUAAGAGGUUUUAGUUAGUUUAAUGCAUAAUAAUUAUAUUCAUAUUCAAUGAACUUGAGAAUAACGUCUGUUAUCCACCACCGAUUCUAAUGCGCAGUAAGUUAUAUAUUAAGUUAUUUAUAGUAAUCUAGAACUAAUUUAUACAGAAAGUGGAGUCACUUGAAAAGUUUUGAAUUACCCUUUCUUAAUUUCUCACUAAAAAAGAUUAGCUUGAUAAACCACUGUUAUCGAUUUAUGGGUAUUUUAUUUUUAGCAAAAAUAUCGUCUUUUUAGAGACCCAUAAUCGAUUCUAGGAGUUGAGAACUAAAUCUAUACAAGAAUCUCAUUUAUUAGCUGUGAUCUGUUUUAUUUAGUACAUCAUUCUAAGAUUGCAUUGUAUUGUCUUCCAUUUCAAAUCAAUGGUUGCAGAUGCUUUGAGAUUUGAAUCGUCAUUAAUCAUAGCAGGUUAUUUAUAAUCUGUUCCUAUUGAUGAGACGUAUAGUUUUCAUUUUUAAUUUUGCUGUUAGUACUUACUGUGUACACGUAUAGCCCGUUACGCAAACCUAACGUUAAAAAAAUUACAAUAUCAAUACCAGUAAUGUACUACGUAUACACUAAAUCUAUUAACAUUUCCGAUUAUUCAUGCAAUCUUUCAUUCCAAUUUAAUAAUCUUCCAACUCCACAAGACUGAAUUAAAAAAAAUGUCAUCCUUUCUAACUAGUCAGGAUAAGUUAUUGUUAAUAAUUCAUAAAUGUAUCAUUGUUGAACUUUAUUAUUAACAUUCUGUAAUAACGGUCUCACAAGAUCACUGCAAGGUUAUGUCUGUUAAAAUAUGUUGAGGCUGAUCAGUAAUCAAUUCUAGCCUGUACACAUCAGUUUAUUUUGUACCUGAUGAUUAGAUUGAUGUUUAUUCUGGAUAACGCUAUAAUUCUUUAUAAUAGACAGUGCAUUAGCUAUUAGGUCAUGAAAUGUUAAAGAGAGUAUUUUUAAUAUUAUAUAAUACGUGUACUUUGUUUAAAUUAACUUUUUAAAUUCCUCAUUAUGUGUGCUGUGACCAACCUGUGGGUAAACCCAAAGAAAACAAAUAAAGAUUGAAUAAGUA